AUGGGUUAAUGGAGUAUAGAUUUCCAAAAUGGCCGCUGAAAGUUUUCAUAUGUAAAGUAAAUACAAUUUUCGGUGAAAAGUUUAUAAAUUUGUGCUGAAAUAAAUACAAUAUUCCAAUAAUUUGGAGCUGCAUGCAAUAAUCACUGAAAAUGUCGGAUGCAUGUAAUGAUAUUCAAGCUCUCAAAAAUAGACAAAGUGAUUUGAAAGCGAAGAUGUUAGAGCGGAGGAGACAGCUCGAGGGUUUGGCAGCACAACUAACAAGCAGUGGUGGUGCACCUUCCAUAGUUCCACCUAACCUUGUUGGUGGUUCAAACUCAGGUAAUCAUUGGGAUAGAUGUCUUUGCAAAAAAUGACUUGCCAUAGUAUAGUACCCUAACUGAAACUGUGUGUAGUGUAGGCCUAAUAUUUAUAUUAGUUGGAAAUCUUGUCUUAGACUGAGCUGUUACUCUGGCACAUGAUUUUUUUGAGGCCCCCUGCCAUUUUUCAGUUUUAUGCCCCCUGCAUUCAAAGUUAAUUGUUUAACAAUGUUUUUCCACAUCACAAGCACAACCUUGGGCCCCUUCAAUAUCUGAGGCCUCCCUGUCCCUGCAGUCACAGGGCCAGAGUCAGAGUGACAGCUCUAACUAGUAGGCAGUAGGCCUACUCAACACUGACUAAUAAAGAUCAAUACUCGGAGGUCGAGAUUCUAUCUCUUAGGACCUUGGCCGUGAAACAUGGCCUAGUAGUACAUGGGUACUCCGGCCAUGCAACACGGUCUUGAGUAAGCGGAAUUCUGGGCAGGUUGCUUCCACUCAUGAGGGAACCGUUUUUCGUCACAGCCCCCCCUUGCCCAUUGAGUCUUACGGUCUGGAUGUUGGGUUGGAACGGCUUUUGCUUCCUCUCCGGGGUCAGCGUUGCGUUGCCUCCCCCACCGCCCAGGGAGCCGUACGUUCCUUGGUGUGGCACGGCUUUACCUCCACUCCGGGAGUAGUCACAAGCUUAACUUUCUCCCACCGUUCCUGGGAGUUGUGUGGACGUGGUCCAAGCGGCUUUGCUUCCUCUCCAGGGGAGGUGUUACGUUACCUCACCCCACCGUUCUGGGAGUGGUUCGGUCUGGACUGUGUCGGGACGAAACGGUCGCCUAGGAGCAUCUUUCUCAGGGCAGCAUGUUUUUAAUCCUCAGCAAGGGUUUUUAAAGAAGCCAAGCCUCAUAUCCAUUAUCAGCGACACGUACUAAGAGGGAAGAAUACUCUGUAGCCUUGCUAGGCACUCAACUACAGACACCGAAUGUAAGAUCUAAGCAGUAGCGCCAAAAAUCAAAUAGUGUAAUCAAUUUAAAAUCAUCUGCAAUAUGAAACCCCAGGAACGGCAGUGUGUAAGCUUUUAUUGUUGAUUUUAAAGCAAGGACUGGAAUUUUAUAAUGAUAUAUAUAUAUAUAUUUUUAUAUAUAAGUCACAAUAAGUGAAAAUUUGUUUUUUGUCCAUAUUUUUAUAAUUUACCAAAUGCUGAGGGCGAAGAGAAAUAAACUCAUAAUAUCCACUCCUUUGGGGCGGGGAUCCCAAUUUCAUUUUUUCUGAUAUGAGCUAUAUAAAUACCAGUAGGCUUGGACAACAAUAUAGGGUUCUGCAUGAAUAAAGGGCUAAGUUUGGGAGCUUUAACCUGUAUAGUCCAUCUUGAAAUAUCAGUGGACUUAAAGUUAAUAAUAUGCAUUCCAUUCGGGGCCGGUCUAUAAGAAGCCUGGUCUGGAUGAAAAUAAUUUAAAAAACUAUAGACCUGUAUCUAACUUAUCAUUCUUAUCUAAAGUCAUUGAAAAACUAGUUCUAAAACAACUUUUUGCUUACUUAAACUACCACUCUCUUCUCAGUUCUAAUCAGUCGGAUUUUAUUUAUUUCAGAAUGCAUCACAUGCAAUGCCGGGUAUAUUGGCUGAUAAAUUCAUAGAGGGCAAAUAUCCUAUGGGCCUUUGUAUAAUACUUGCAUACUAAGGGAGGUUAAUGUUGAAUUUAAAGCAAAUAGCCUAUAUAUUUAGGUUUAACUUACAUUCCCCUGCAAGUUUUCCACUACACUAAAGACUUAAUAAGAAGUUUGAAACACCACUUAGAAGGAAAAGACCACAUAAUAUUUUUUCAGUGAACAAAAACUAUUAGCAGCUACAAAAAACAACAACCUAUUUGACAUUAAUCACUGGAUGUCACAACAUUCAAACAAAAUAUCAAAGCUAAAAUGGUUUGCUCCCAUCUUAGCUGUUAUUGUAAAUUCUCAUAAUACCCACCUGAUAACUUUAAAAAUUAUCUUAAACAUGCCUCGGAAUUCAAGUUUUUUCAUCAGGCUAUUAUAAUUUACCCUAACCUCAACUCUUAAAUCAAAGAAUAGAGUACAGUGAAACCCACUUAUCUUGACCUUGGUUAACUCAUCAACCCUAAUAAGUCGAAGUUUUUGAAGUGGAACCGCCAAUUCUCUCUUUGUCUGAGCAUUUUCUCAUUGGCUAUGUCGCCAAACCCUAAUAUCUCUAGCACAAAAGGAGGGGGCCAAAUUUGUUACUUAACAUCGGUUAUCUCAAUCCUCAGCGAGGGGCUGAUCGUCCUAUCUUCAAUAAUCUUUUUUGUCGUCACCCCUGAGUGUAGCCUAUAUUUUGUAAUUUUCUAAUGCAGGGUGUUAUAAGAUAAAUAUUUUAAUCACAUUCUAGUAUUAAUAGUUAUUUAAACCUUAUUUAACUUGGGAUGAAAGAUUCCUGUCUUUUUUUUUUUUUUUUUUUCAACUUCUAGGCAGAAAUUUUUUACAGUUUUUUUUUUUUUUUUUUUUUUUUUGGUUUGAAAGAUUCUUUUUUUUUUUUUUUUUUUUUUUGUCAACUUCUAGGCAGAAAUUUUUUACAGUUUUUUCUUGGCACCUUGAAGUGUAUAUAUUUGACCUGCGGCUGUUAGUUUUUUUCUUAUAAUUUAACAGAUCUUAAAAUGACAUGUUUUUUAGGAAGUUCAAAUUUUUAUUUUUUUUUAAAGAUAUGCAAAUAAACAGCAGGGCCCAAAAAUAUAUUUUCAUUUUUCUUCUUGACAUUCUUGAUUGAAUUCUUAUCAUAAUUUUUUUUUAAAAUGGACUAUCAUUAAAAAAACAGAACUGUCAACUUCCAAAGCCCUUAUGAAACCCCCUUCCACAAGUUCAACUAUAAGUCCAAUCAAGCAAUUUCAGAGAGAGACAAAAGUUGCCUCUGAUCCUGAAGUGGAAAAGAAGCUUUUGAUGGUUCUAUGUGACAUUAGUCUGGACAUUCCCUCUGAUUCAAAGGUGCACUUUUCAUAUUUAAAAAAUGAAAUAGUUUUUAGUUACUCCGACUGAAUUUAAGUCCUUUUAAUUAUCCAUUUUGUAUUUCGAGGGCUAUUGUAAGUUUAAAUAAGCAACAUCUAUAAUAAGGUUAGAGGACCAAAUUAUAUUAAAGUUUUUACAUUUAAUGUGUUGUUUACUGUUCAAGUCAAAGUAGGACUUAAAUUAACUUAUUUUUCUUUUCUUUUGCACAUAUCUGUUAAUUUAUAUAAAUUGAAAUUUAUUUUUUAAAUUAUUAAUUUUACCUUUAAAAAAGGCCAAAAUGCUAAACCGGAAAAAAUUGUUGGAAAUGCAAAAAUAACAAUUAGCAGAAGUAGCAGCUUAAGACCCUUUUUUUAAUACAAAAAACGAAAGGUAGAAUUGCAUCUUUUCAUUUGUUGGGAUUAAUUCCAACUGUGGUAAUAUGAGUAGAGUGAUACAAUUAUCAGAGAUAUUUCUACAGGUGAUUGCAGAGCACACUUCAAGGUUGAUGGAGAGAGAGGUGGACUUGCCUCUUAUUGAGGAACUUUUGAGAAAAUUUGCUAAUCAAAAGUUAAUAAGGUAAUUACAUGGUCGUAGUUUAGAUCAUUCACAUAGUUACAAUACUUUGCCAAAUAAGUUAAAUAAUUGAAAAUGUAUUAAUUUGUUGCUUUUAACAUGAUGAACGUCCAAGUGAUGGUGGUCAAAAGUGUUCAAUAUUUGUACUGCUAUAUUGCAAUAAAAAUAUUUUAUCCUUUUUUUUCAGUAUUAGAUUUACUGAAAAUGCAACAGGUUUAAUUGUCAAUUCAUUGGAUCUUAGUAAGGUUAGUCAUGAGAAACGUUUAAUUGUGUGUUUGGUUUUCGAUAUAAUAGCGUAAUUAUUGCACCUUAAAUAAUCUGAUUUAGAAAGGCAUAAAAAUUGAAAAACUAAUUAAAUGUUUAUUUUCUUCAGCUCUCUGAUGUGACAAAAGGACAUACAAAGAAAAGAAAGAGAGAUAGGUAAAUAGCCUCAUGCAUUUCCUAUAAAACAUAAUGAUCAACUCACAUUAAUUUACUUGACUUUUAUAAUUAAGAUUAAAAAAACUCUGAUAAUUAUAAUCUAAAUAAUAUAUUUAACUGUCAAAUUCUAUUUUAUUAUGUGUUUUUAUUUAUUGCCACAAAUAAGUAUAUAAAUGAUGUGUCUGUAAAUAAGUAAUAUUUGAUGAGAUCAGAUAUGAUGAGGAUCUAGUUAAGGUUAUUUAAAUUCCACUGACAAAGACUUUAAAAUUUUGCAUAUUAUUUCAUUCCGCUGUGUUCUACAAAUGGUGGACCGGUCCACGAACGUUACUUUGCUGGCCCACACAAUAUCAAUAUUUAUGGUCAAAUAGAACAAAAAUAUAAUGAAUAAAUCUGGCACCAGUCCCUAGUGCAAUUUUGAAACUUUUUCACCGGUCCACCAAUCUUAAAGUUUGGGAAACACUGUUCUUAAACGGUUUACAUAUAAAUGAGGGGAGGCGGUAGAAUCAACUAGCUAUGUACAUUGUGCUAAUAAAGAGCAUGAAAUCCAAAAUAGUUUUCACUACUUGACAUUUCAAAAUGGAUGUCAAGACACUAAAGCAUUGGACCAGAAUUGCAGCCAAUGUGUAGCCAAGUCAUAAAAUAUGUAAUUGUAAAGACAUCAGAAAUAAAAAUAUAUAAGAUAUUGACAUUUCUUGUCUUAGUGAUGAUGAAGAGGAUGAAGAACUUGUAACCAAGCAGGCCAGGUCAUCUGGACCAGAAUCAAGAGAUAUCGAGGUGAGAGCUGUUUACCUGACUAAACUAAUUCUCUAUGUCCAAAGAAAACACAAUAAUUCUCUAUUGAAACACCUAGGUGGAUAUUCAUCAGAAAUUUGAUAAAUUGACAGAAAGCCUAAAUACACAUAUAUAUAAAGUUAUUAAAGCUGUAUGGUAAAUUUGUGAAAACUUAAUUUUGUAUCUUUGUGUUGAAGUUAUGAAAUUUUUUGUUGUUGUUAAAACAUCACUUUUUUUUUUUUUAAACUUAAAAAAUUAUUUGCAAGUCUGCCAAAUGAAGUUAUUUCUUUAUGCAAUGCAAUCAAGAUUGCUAUUUCACAAUAUCAUAUAUUUUAAUGCAAAUUUAAACUUUAAUGGUCAGUUUUAUGAGACUAUAAGUAUAUAUAAUAUGGCAUCCUUCUGUCUUCGUCAGACGAUGGAGUGGUUUUUUACACUUCAUCAAAUGGCUAAACGAGGCUGAUGCCUCGGCAGUCUCGGCUGCACUUCUCACAGGAAAACCUUGACUUCUGGUUAACUUAAGCCUUCUUUAAUGCUCUUUUUGUUGCAAGGGCUUUGUUUCAUGCAUCUUCUGCCCUUUUUUGACUCUUCAUACAUUGCUGUUGGCCAGCUGGAAUGAUGCUGUGCAAUGAUUGUAGUUAUUUAUUUAUUUUUUGGAUUCCCUCAUGUUCCCUUUGCAAAUGUCCUUAACUCGCAGCUGCGACCAUCCAAUAAGUCUUUACCUCUCUGCCAUCUCUCCUUACAGCAAAUUCUUUGGAAUACAGCCUUCUUCCAUCUCUUCACAUGGCCUAACCAGCGAAGGCGCCUUUUGCUAAGAAUGGAAAACAUGCUACACAUUUUUGCAUGUUCCAAAACCUCUGUGCUAGGCACUUAGUCCUGCCUAUGAAUUUGCAAAAUGCUAGCAGAUAUCUUUGGUGGAAGCUGUUGAGUUUUCGAUCAUGUCUCGCACAUGCCUGAGGGAUGCUUAGCUUUGUGCUUUCUGUGAGUUUAGCAUUUUUCCACGCCCACUUUUUCAAUUUAGCAAUUUAAAUGUGAUCCUGAUGUUCAGCUCUGUGUCAACGGAGAAUGAGCUAAAGAUAUUGGACCCAAGCAAAGUGCAAUGCUCAGCUGCUGACAGAUUAUGGCCCUCAAUAGUUAUAUUUGGAGGAGAUUGUGUUUCUUGCGCCAUGACACUUGUUUUUUGUAGUCAAGUGGUCAGUCCAACCUCUUUAAAUGCUUUAGAGAUGUGAUUAAAAUAUGGCCAUAUUGGAAGCCACACUGGAACUCUGGGUAGUGUGGUUAGCUCGAGUCUGCAAGUGAUUUAGCACAACAUGAGCAAAAGUCUUUCCGGCUAAGACAAGGAGAGAAAUUUCUUGGUAAUUAUAACAAUUGCUGCUGUCACCUUUAUUUUUGUACAAUGUUAUGAUGCUGGCAUCUCUCAUGUCCUGGGGAAUGUGUCCUGUGUCCCAACACAGACAGAGGAGCUCAUGUAAGGGCUUAAGUAAUAUUGGUUUUCCAUUUUUGAGUUCAUCUGGAAGAAUGCCCUCAAUCCCUGGGGCCUUCCCAUCAGCCAGGUAAUCAAUUGCUCUUUUCAAGCUCCUCCAAAGUUGGCUUUUCAUCUAGCUCUUCCAUUAUUGACAAGACACAGAUAUCCAGUGCAGUCUCAGAGACUACAAUCUUUGUUGCGUAUAGUUCAAGAUAAUGCUCAACCCAAUGCCCAAGCUGAUAAUUUGGGUUCAUAAUAACCCAAGUCUUGGACUUGAGAGGUGCGAUUUUGCAAGUGUGUGGACCUAAUGCCCUCGUACAUGCCCCUUGCAUCCCUAUUGUCGGAAGCCUAUUUUAUACAGUGGCAAAGGUCCAAACAGUAAGUGUUGGCACAGUGGUGGGCAGUGGAAAACACUUCUUUUUCUUUUUAGCAUGAUGCAAUUUCCUUGUCAUUAAUCAUAUUUUGCUUGAAACUAGGGAAUGGUCCAAUGGUCAUAUUUGACACUUUGGUAGCUGCGGGCGUGAUGUACUCAUCUAGCUGAUGCCAGUGGUGGGAAUGUGGGUGUCACCAAGACACCUGCUGGACCUUUGUUUGCACUUGAAGGUGUUGGAAACACAGAUACCAUGGGAGCAGCACAACUCCAGCAGUCGUUGUCUGCUCUCAUUAAUCCUUCAAUCUCUGAUAGCCCAGGAAUCCUCACAGUAGCAUUAAAGUCUCCCAGAAUGCAUAAUGCUUCGGUUUUGAAAACGCAGGAUUAUUCUUGGCCUAGGGCCUCGUAGAACAGAUCUUUCUCCCCCUAGUGUCAAAUGGGGAUUUGGAGCAUACAUGCUGAAUAUUUUGGCAAUGCCUGCAGCUGAUAAAAUCCGCAGAGGUAGAAUCAUCUCCCAUCCCAAUCAUGGAGGCUCAAUGCAGGUCACAAUUUUUUUUAUAGUGAAGCCAACAUGAUGCUGCCUUGGUUCAUCUGUGGGUUUCUUCUGCCAGUAGAAUGUGUAGUUUGCUUCCUUGAUGUUACCACUAACUGCUAGUCGGGUUUCUUGGAGGCAGCAGAUUCCCACUCUCCAUGCAGCCAAUGGAUCAAAAGGAAUGACAAAUGUCAAUAUAACUGGGCAUUAACUGUUUGCAGGAGUUGCCAAAUGACAUAGGAAUCAGAUGACCUUGUGGUCUCCAUUUCCAUAUAUUACAGUUUGGGUUUACUCCCGUAGUCUUACCCCAGCUUGCCACAUUGAUUUUGUACAUUCCUAUUUAUACUCAUUCAAUAAUUUCCCUUUUUUAAUCAAUUUCAAAUUUGCGAAUCAGCCAUCUUGUUGCUAACCAGAAGCGUUUAGACUAUAAGUAUAAAUCAGUCUAAAGCAAAUACAUAUCAAAUAAUAAGAAUCGUAAAGCAACCUAUAUUUCAAUGUUUUUACAAGACAAAUCACUUUCUUCAUUUUCUUUACUAAAGGUGGACAUAAAUGAUCAUUGCUUUUUGUAUUGCUAUUAUUGGUAUUAGCCGUUUAUUUUGUUGUCUGUAAAAAAUGUCUGUUUUUAACUCAUUUGUGAUGAGGUAUCUUUUUUAAUCAAUCGUGUCCAGAGUUUGCUGUCCAUGCAGUCCACCAAAGAAAGGGAAGAGAAAAAACUCAAUGAGGAAAUACAAGCCUUACUUGUCACACAAACUGCCAAGGUAGACACCACUGCUUGCAAUUUUUACAUGCUUAAAGUGAUGUUGCUGGUAUUAUCUGAGCCAUUUCUUGUUUUUUAACCAUAUUUGCCUCUUUGCAAUUCUUUAUACCACAUAUUUAUAUGUCUACACAUAUUUUAUUAGGGUAAGGAAUAGUCUUUCAGUAGUUUCACAGCAAUUAUUUGUUUGCUGUUAUGGUGUUUUGGUUUUAUGUCUUUUUUGUUGUUUUUUUUUGGUCUGUUUUUAUAUGUUGCUUAACUGUACCAUUCAUGAAUCAGACCUGUUUACCCCCAAACUCUUAAAUUGUACAAUAUCAUCACAAAAUUGUUCAAAGCAUUAUCUUAAUAUUAUAAAAUAAACAUACGGUAUAUAUAAUGUAUACACCUCAAAAUCGUACAUUAUAUUCCAAAAUCAAAGAGUAAACAGGUCUUAAGAAUUAAAUUUGCUGUAAUUUUCAUGAGUGACUCUCUUUUCUUCAGUUUUUUCUUUUUUUCUUUUUAUAAUUUUGUAUCAAUGCACUUAAAAUAACUGCUAAUGAAGCAGUGCUGUAAAGUGUAAGCUCUAUACACAUGAAAACUUAGAUUUUUUAUUGUUUAUAGACAAUUAUUUCCAAGAAUCUGAUAAUUUACUUUCAGCAUUCAUCUCUAUCCAAACAAUGACUUUUUGAUAAAAGAUGCACUAAUGCUUAAAUGCACAUUUUGCUCUUCUUUGAUUUUUUAAAUUUUAUUUGAUUUUUCUUACUGUAUAGUCUCAUUACAUUUCUUGUACAUUUUUUUGUAGGAACAAUAUUUAGUGGAAAAAUUCAAGUCCAGAGGCGGUAAGUUAUGUUUUAAUAAAUAAUUUGUAACCAUUUUAAAAUAUGUAGAGUUUUUCCAAAAGCCAGUAGAAGUGUUAAGAAAUAGUUCUAAUUAAUAAAGUAAAAGAACAAAACUGUAUUAUUAGUAUGUUUUAAAGAGAAUUGCAAGGCAUUUGCUGUGAAUUUUAUAAAUUUUUAAAACAAUAUGAUGAUAAUGCUAUACUGCUAUUAAAAUUUCCAGGACCACAGCUUCAAGAGUUCUGUCAGUAUGGGACAAGAGAGGAGUGCCAUCGUACUGGGCCUGAUGGGAAUAUGUGCAAACGUCUACAUUUCAAGAAGAUCAUAAACAAGCAUACUGAUGGUAUUAUGAGAUCUUCAUAUUGCUCUGAUUUAAGCAACAAAGCGUGCUUCAAUUUCUCCAGUUGAAUGUCAGAAAUCAUUUAAUAUUCUCCAAUCUGCUUGUAACUUUCAAACCUAUUUCACUGCAUUUAGAAAUCAAUUAGCAUUCUCUCAAACAUAAUACAGUGUAUAAUUACCAAAGUAAAUAUUUUUUUACUAAAAAAUAAAUUAGUCAUCUUUGAGAACAGGAAUAAUUAAGAAGAAGUGGUUGUCUUUUUAAAAUGUUUUUGUGUCUAAAAAAAAUAUUCAAAAUGCCCUUGGCACAUUUCUUUGGAAAUAAGGAUGAAGAGUUUGUUAAACUUGUAUUUCAGAAUCAUUAGGGGACUGCUCAUUUUUAAACACCUGCUUUCAUAUGGAUACUUGUAAGGUAAGUCUGUGAUGCAGUAGCAUUUCUAUAACUUAUGAGUACCUAUAAGGUACUAUGAGACAUUGGGCUGGUCACAUUGACAGACAAUAAAUUUAAUAGUAUCUGUCAAGUCCAAGGCCAUUGCCAAAAAAAAUAAGGUGAAGUCAUCUACACAUUUCAUAAGUUUUAUCUGGGUCUUCCAAGCUAUUUAUUUAACUAAUGAUAGAAAUCAGUUAAUCUAUUAAUACAAAAAAGAAACAGUUUUAAAAUUGGGUCUGUAUUGAUGAAUUUGAGAAUGUGCCAUACAAACUCAAGUGCAAGUACUUAGGUUACAGGGUCCUAAGAGUCAUUUUACGACUCUUCUUGGUCUUAAAUAGCAUCGACACAUUAUGUUAAAAAGGAGUUUCGGAUAUUGUAUUUUUGUUUUCCUAAGAGAUAGGAUUUUUUGGUACUUUUUUGUACUUUAAAAAAAAAAUAAGAAACUUUGUUUGCUGCUACUAAAGAAGGAAGAAAGACACAGUUUCAGGAGUUAUUCCCCCUACAUGUUUUUUAUAGUGUGGUAAGUGAAACAUUUAUUUUAAACCAAAACAAUAAUACUUUUUAAAAAAAAUUAUGCUUUGAAAUAAGAUUUUAAAAUUCAAUAAAUUUUUUAAAAAUGUAGUUAAUAUGAAAGUAAUUUUAAAACAGAACAAAAUGAGUGUAACAUAUAUUUAAAUAUAAUGUUAAACAUGCUCUCUGGGGAAAUCUGUAGAGUAUUUGUUUUCUAAAACCCAUAAAUGUUUCACUUUCUACCACCAUAGAAUUUUUGUGUUCCCAAUGACAGUUUUUGGUGAUAUUUCAUGGUUUCGCAUGGUCUAUCACCUGGUGUUGUCAUUGGUUUUUAAGAUGCUGAACAAGGUCAUUAGAUUUUCUGUUAAUCAGGUAACAUUUUCUUCGUAGGAAACUUCAAAUUUACAGAACUGUUCUAUGGUCCCUGGGUCUCAGCAUCUUACUCAAGGUAUGAGAAAAAAAGGACUAUUGUUUAUAAGCAAACUGUCUUGAAAUAAUAGCUGCAUAAUGAUUUUUUUUUAUUUGCUCUUUUUAAAUAUUACCAAUGUACUUAAGUUUUAAAAAUUGAAUUAAAUUAUACUUCAAAUUAUUUUGUAUUUACUUCAUCCCCCAGGAUCAAUGCAGCAGAAUACUAACCAAGAUUGGUUCUAUAAUUUUGAAAACAGUAACCACAUGAACAACAGUUAUGGAGAUCCCAAGCGUGACAUGAUGACUGGGAAGUUCUACUCCACCCUGUCUAGUUCUAAUGUGGGCCAUGUAACCAAUCCUGGAUUUCUACCUCAGGCUUCAAACAAUGGGCUCCAUAAUACUGUUAGGCCUUAUCCAAUAGCCCCUAGAGAUGAUCCACUGAGAAAUUAUGCAUCUAGCAAUAUACCAGACAACUCUAAUGUUUCCAUGCCUCCUUACCAAUCAGCCGCCAUACCUGAAACUGGAGAUGUUUCCAAUAGUUCCUUUCAGCAACCAAACAUGCCAAACUCAAGCAAUGGUCGACCAUACCCAGACCUUAAUAUCGCCAGGCCCACUUCAGCCAGAUCAUACCCCCCUAUGACACUACCUGAUUCAGCGACAGCUUCAACCUCAUCAGUACCUGACAUGACAUGCCCGUUACCUUUCCCUUAUGCCUCUAUCCCGUAUUCUCUCACAGCACCACCUCCUGCACCAACGGCUUCCGUGGUUACAACUAUGGGCAACUGUUCUGGUCUAGACAUGGUCCUACCUGUUAUAUCUCAUUCGUGGUCCCUGUCUACCGAAACUGUUUUCCCGACAACAAUGGCCAUGUCCACCGCACCCCCAGCUAAGCCAACCAAACCAAAGAAGCUUGGUGGGGGUAGUUCUAGUGCAGCGGGGAAAAAACGUAUGCGCCAGCCAGAGAAAUGGAAAAAGAACUUAUCGAAAACCAAGAAAAUAAAAGGUGAAGAACACUUGAGUAGAACAGGCAAUGUCAUUCCGGCUAAAAGGGUUGAGGAGGUCGACUGUUCACAGUGUACAUUUAAAUGCAAUGAAAACUUUUCUUAUGACCUCAGGCAGCAGUUGUUUGAUGUCUUCUAUAGCUUAGGCUCUAAUGAGAGCCAGAAACAAUUUGUCUGCCAAAACGUGCAGGAGACACUUACCAAAGUCAGUGGGGCAGGUAGGAAAGAAGGCAAAUUUGAAAACAAACGAAAAGUGAGUAGAAAGUAUUUCCUACCAGACACAGACAAUACGAGGAAACAGGUUUGUUCAAAAUUCUUUUGUGGCACCCUGGCCGUUGGAAAGACAUUUAUUUCACAUGCACUUCGGCACAAGCAGUUUGGUUGUUAUGUCGGCAAAGAGAGGCGUGGAAAGCCACACAAUAAGAUUCCUGACGACCUCCUUGACCCUGCCAGGCAGCACAUUGGAUCCAUGCUUGGAGUGGCUGUGAGGGGUUCAAAGAAAAGUGUCAAAAAGAAAUGUUUAGAGCAAGGUUUAAACAUCACUAAGAUGCAUGAGAUGUACAAAGAUGAGUGUGCAAGCAGGGGCAUACCACCAGUCAGCCUUAGCAUGUACAGGCGAGUCUUUCAUACAGAGUUUUGAACACGUCUUUAAAUAAAGAUUCUCUUGCAUUUCUUUGGAAGGUGCAGUAAUAGACAAAAUGCUAUGGAAUACUUUGUGAUAAUGAGGGAGUAGCAUGUGGCCAUGCCAUAGUUUGU